AUGUGGUACGGGCCUGGUGUUGAAUCCGAGUCGCCAACGGCCAAAUGGGAUCAAGGCGAUUCGACGAUCGACGAUCGAGGGCAAAACCGACAACCCAGCUCUUCGGGCUCGUCCGACCUCUCCCAUCAAGGUCACGAUCACGAUCUUCAAAAUCAGACCCACCGCGAUGACAAGAAAGACAAGAAAGAUAACAAAGAGGAACCACUCACCUAUACCGCCGAGGGUGACGCCCAGAUCAUCCUCUCUGGCGGCCAAUCCCCCGGAGUCAGGCGGAUGGAAGCUAUCAACGCCCACUUGAAGACCUGGGAAAGAUGGGCGUUGUUCUUCGGGGUCUUCCUCGUGACUUAUGUUUAUGGGCUUGAUGGGACCGUAAGGUACACCUACCAAGGCUACGCAACAGCCUCUUACGCCCAACAUUCGUUAUUAUCGACGAUCACCGUAGUCAGGAGCGUAAUCGGAGCCGCAGCGCAGCCAACAGCAGCCAAGAUCUCCGACGUAUUCGGCCGGACAGAGUUGAUCCUGGUGUCCAUCGUCUUUUACGUCGUAGGGACUAUCGUCGAGUCCGUCUCAGAUGACGUACAGACUUUUUGCGCGGGAGCUGUUAUCUACCAGAUUGGGUAUACGAUGAUUAUCCUCCUUGUAGAGGUGAUCAUCGCCGAUUUGACAUCCCUACGAUCGAGGUUGUUCUUCAGCUUCGUCCCCGCCUUGCCGUUCAUCAUCAACACUUGGGUCAGUGGAGACGUCUCCGCGGCGGUGUUGUCUGACGAUCCUACGAGUGACGGAAGUUGGAGACCAGGUAUCUGGAUGUGGGCCAUCAUCUACCCGGUCUCGACCAUCCCUCUGGUUGCCAUCCUCGUCGUCGCCCAAUACCGAGCCAAACGCGCCGGAGCGCUCGAAUCCUACCGAUCGCCAUUCCAACUGCUCGGCUGGAAACGCCUGCUCGUCUCGCUCUUUUGGCAACUAGACGUCAUCGGGAUCAUCCUCAUCAUCGCCGUCUUUGGCUUGAUCUUGACGCCGUUGACUCUAGCCGGGGGGACCGAGGAUCAGUCGAGGUGGCGUGAUGGGGAUAUCUUGGCCCCCUUGGUUGUGGGGGUGGUCUGUAUCCCCGCUUGGAUCGUUUGGGAGAUCAAGGCGCCUCAUCCGAUGAUCCCGUUCAAGUUACUGAAAGGCCGAGGAGUAUGGGCCGCUUUCGGAAUCGCAUGUACUCUGAACUUUUCUUGGGGCAUGCAAGCCGACUACCUCUACGCAGUCCUUCAAGUGGCCAUCGGUGAAUCCGUCAAAUCGUCCCAACGUAUCCAAUCCCUCUACUCUUUCACCUCCACGAUUACUGGCACCCUGCUCGGACUGGUCGUCUACAAAGUCCGUCGACUCAAAUGGUUCAUCCUCUUCGGAGUAUGUGUCUGGCCGGUGGCGAUGGGUCUGAUGGUCAGGUACAGAGGUGGAGAAUCGAGUUAUGCCGGUGUGAUAGCCGGACAGGUCAUCUUGGGUUUCGCUGGAGGUUUUUUUACUUAUCCGACGCAGGCGAGCGUUCAGGCCGAGACCAAGCAUGAGCACGUCGCCGUCGUCACCGGUCUGUACCUCGCGACCUACCAAAUCGGCUCGGCCCUGGCCGCCUCGAUCUCCGGGGCCAUCUGGACCCAAACCCUCAAAUCCCGCUUGACCAAAGAACUCGGCUCCUCUAGCAUCGCCGAUGCCGUCUACGCAGACCCUUACGGCUCGAUCGUCACCUACACCUGGGACACCCCUGAGCGACAAGCCAUCGUCCGCGCAUACCAGCACGUCCAGAGGAUCCUCUGUAUCGUCGGGUUGUGCGUGGGGUUCUUGUUGAUCUUCUUCGGAGCUUGUUUGAGGGAUCGCAAGUUGGGCGAUGAGCAGAGUCGACCGGAUGCUGAGAAGGAUAUUGAGAGUGAAGAGGAGGCGUGA